AUGCAGGGUGUCUUGUAUCCUGAUGGAUCUACCAUGGGGCACCCAAGCAUCAUGUCUUUGGAGCGUUUGCGCAGGAUUGUUGCGAAUUUUCGCUUGCGUGAUCGAUCCAAGGGAAUGGAUGCUUCACUUCCGGUUAAAGCGCCGGAAGCAAGUGUUGAUGGAGUUGUGCAGUUAAUGACCGCUUGCGCUGGACUCGUGAAGUCCGCGAGCAGUAGUUCUGCGGUUAGUCAAGCAGAACCACCAAGGCUGCGAUUGUUUUCAAAAAGUCCAGAUCCGAAAGGGUCGUCAUCUUUGUUAGCCAUCAAAGACAAGGAAGAGAACGCCGAGGGUGUUCCGGGCGACCUUGCCCCUACGGGGACGGGCGCGAAAACGGCCCCAACUCCUGCACAGACCAUUUCUGCUUUGAAGACAGGUUUGUCUUCAAAAGAAAAAGAGGAGUCACAGCGCAUGGCGCGCCCUGGAUCCUUUGACAUGUCCAAGUCUAAAGCCCAGAAGGGAGGAGCUAGGAGGAGACAAGUUCCUGACGUGGAUGAGGAGCACCUCCUUGACACCUGCCUGAGCCAUGUGCAGAAAGCUGGGGUCUGUGCCAGUUUCUGCUUGGGUGCUUACUUCCACCUAGAGUCAAGCAAUGCUGUGAGAGGAAGUGCCUUGGGAGAAGUGCAGCAUGUGAUAAGAGAUUUGCUGAAAGUGAGCCCCACCCUAGAGUUCAAGUACUCUAUGCUGAAAAGUGUGUUUGGUGAGGUGCUGAAGCAGUUUCCUGACUUGAAGGAGAGGUUCCCAGUCAGCCAGCAGGGAAAUACUGCCAAGGCCUUUGCAGAUGGGAUUUUGGUGGUGUGCAACCAUGCCAGGAGAAUUGGCAGGGAUGAGGGCAGGCUGGCUGAAGCUUGUUCCAAGCUGACUUCGAUCCAAGCUGCCAAGCUGGAAGAGAUAGCCAGCUGGCUGAAGGCACCAAAGUCAGGAGCAAGCUGUGAAGAAGGUUCUGUGAUAGCUGCAACCCCCAAAAAGAAAGUGAAGAAGGAGGAGAAAAAGCAGAGGGAAGGAGUAAGCCCUGGCACAGCAGCUGCUUUGGAAGAGUACCAGAUCCCUGCCACCCAGGACCAGGAGUCAGAAGGUGAAAGCUUGCUGGCUUCUGCCAAGAAGGCUGAGCCAAUCCCUGUGAGGAAGGGUUUGCUGAAGGCUGAAGUGGCCAAGAAAAGGCCUGCUGCUAAGGGGACCUGCAAGAAGCCAGCUGCUGCUUCUGCACCUGUACCCACUGGCAAGCUGGGAGAUGAUGAAAGAGUGACACAGCCCUUGAUUUUGAUGCCCUACAACAAAGUGGGGAGCUGUGCUGUGAGCAAGAAGUUGGCAAGAGAUCUGAAGAAGAUGCUGGAAAAUGGCAAGACUGUGGGUGAGGUGAAGGCCUACAAGCCCAAAGCAUUUCUGUUUUGUGAUUUGUGGUGUGACCAGAAGUGGGGCUCAAAAACCCUGGAAAAGCGCCCAGAGCACCACCUGAUCGCCAUGGAGGGCAAGGGCAAGAAGGGUGAGGAGAGCAAGGGCAAGAAGGGCUGGGUGGAGAACACCAGUGGCAAGGGAAUGCCUUCAGGUGCAGGAGGAGGAAGCAGUGCUGUCCGGAGACAGAACAUGAGGGCCCUGAUGGAGUUCCACAACCCUGGCAUGGAUGUGGGCAUGUGGCUGCUCCAGAUCUGCCUGUACACCCAAUCCCACACUGGGAUUAACAAGGCAGACUGGGAAAGCUCCAGGAUGUUCCUCCAGAGGGUCAAGAAGGAGGUGGCACCAGAAAUGGUGGAGCAAGAUUUCUACGAAAUCAUGGUGGAGAGGAUGAAUGAAGCAGUCCUGGGAGCUGCAGCAGCAGCCCAAUUGGGGCAUGGUGUCAACCCAUGGGCACCCACAGCCAACCAAGGAGUGACAAGCAAGGCUGCUGGAGCACAACCCACAGGAGGAGCACAGGAGCACCAGCUGCCACAGGCACAGGAGCACCAGCUGCCACAGGCACAGGAGCACCAGCCCCCACAGCCACAGCAGCACCAGCUGCCAGAGCCACAGGAGCACCAGCUUCCUCAGCAACAGGAGGAGAAGCAGCACCAGCAGCAGAUCCAACGGCCACAGGAGGUUUCAGCACUGCACCCUGGAACAACCCAGGAGCAGGCAAGGGAUCAGGAGGAGGGAGGAGCACAGAGGAGCCACCCUUUUCUGCAGCCCCAGCAGCAAACACAGGAGAGGGGUCAGAGUGGGGCUGGAAUGACUCAACCUGGGCUGGUUGGAGUGAGUCCUGGGAUGGAGGAUGGAACCAAGGAUGGGAUCAAGAUGGCAGCUGCACAGGAAGUUGGGGAGCAGGAGGAGACCAGGGACAAGAUUUACCAUGGGAGUCCUGAAGAGCUCGAGGACUGGGAAGGGGGAGACAACACCUUCUGGAAUGUGAUUGAGUCCAUGGAUCUGGACUAUGUGGUGACCCAUUGCCAGCUUGGCUGCAUUAAUCUGUUUGACUGGACAGCCAAUUCUUGGGCUGGAGAGCCUUGA